AUGGAUAUGCCACCUGGAGCUACAAUACAAGCAUUUGCGGAUGACAUAUGCCUUCUUGUGCGCGCCAAAAAUAGUAAUAAUUUACAGCUUAACGCAAAUAAUGCGUUGAGUAUAAUCACUAAAUGGGGUCAGGAAAUGAAACUUACUUGCAAGGCAGCGAGGUGCAAGCUCUAUAUGUCUGGUCAUCUCCUGAAUUUUUCUAAGGAGAUUAAGCUUUUAGACGUUUUAAUAGACAAAAAGCUCAAAUUCAUAAAACAUGUAGAUUUCAUCUUCAACAAAGUCCGUAAAUUGUACACUAGGUUAAUAACGUUCGUCAAACCAACUUGGGGCAUUCACUUCGAGAAUAUAGAAAUUAUUUAUAAACAUGUGAUUGAGCCAAUAGUCUGUUAUGCUUCUUCUAUAUGGCAAUCAGCAAUCGGGUUCAAAUGUGUGAAAGAGAAACUACUCUAUUUGCAACGCAAUUUUGCCCUUAGAAUUAUCCGUGGCUUUAGAACCGUGAGUACAGUCGCUUGCAUAUCAAUUGCUCAACUACGCCCACUCCCAAUAAAAAUAAAGGAAAUAGCAGAUAAUGAGCGCACAAGAAUCACACAAGUUUCACAGUACCUACCUUCUGAUGUUACUCUAGACAUCCCUGCUAAACCAGGAAAUUUAUUACAUCCCUCUUUGCGAAAACCUAUUAAAUUUACUGAAGAACAAAUACCGACAGAAAAUAUUAUAAAUUCUUACCGUAUUUACACCGAUGGUAGCAAGCACAGCAAUAAAGUGGGCGCUGCAUUUGUGAUACACAAACCGAAUGGAGAAAAAAUAAUACGCAAAUACAAAUUACAUGACUCAUGUUCAGUCUUUCAAGCCGAACUCCUGGCCAUUUCUAAAGCCUGCGAAUGGAUUAUAGAACACAAAAUCAAUCCAACAUAUAUUUUCUCCGACAGCAAAUCAGGUCUCCAAGAAAUUGCAAACGAAAACAGUUACAACUCCCUCGUAGUAUCGAUUCAUAGGAUAAUACAACGAAUUGAAUCACUCAAUUUAAAAGUCAGUCUUUGCUGGAUUAAAGGUCACAUCGGAAUUUCAGGCAAUGAAGAAGCGGAUGCAGCUGCUAAAAGCGCGGCAACCUCCCACCGAUCUUAUGAAUUUCUCAAAUUCUCAAUAAGCCAUGUAAAAUAUUUAAAUCGACAACAAGCCAUUAAAGGAACAGAAAACUUUUACUUUGAAAGUGACAAAGGAAUAUACACCAAAUCUCUAUGUCCUACUUAUGAGCAACUCACCCUAACUGUUAAAGCACUUGCACCUAAUUUUGCCAUAACUCAGUAUCUUAGCAAUCAUGGAUAUCACAAGGAAUAUCUUCAUCGUUUUGAAAUAACCAAUGAUAAUAAAUACCCAUGCGAUCAAACUAGUGUACAAUCCAUGACACAUCUUAUAAGAAACUGCCCUGCAUUUCUUAGAACAAGAAUGGAACAUGAAAUUGCGUGCACUAUGUUAAAGACAGAACCAUAUAAUUUAUCAGAAAUAAUUUCCAAAGAAACUACUAUACAAACUUUUAAAGCCCGCGUCAAUUACAUUAUAAGUCAACUAAAAAACUUCAACAACAAUACAGUAGUAUAA